AUGGAGGCGUCAUUUCGCAGACACCUCAGAGCAAGCUUUGCAGGCUUCCUGUCAAAGGCACGGACAGACGUCUUUGUGGCCCAUUGUCACAAAGCCGAGGCAGACAGUGGCUUUGCUGGCAGUGUUGCCCAGAUGGUUUUGUGGAGACGGCACAGCUGGCCGCAGUUAAUCAGGACCACACUGCAGGUAGAUGAAAACCAGAGGAAGCUUUGUCAGGCUCGGCUCUGUCACGAGUCCUGCGGAGACAUUGUGGAGAGCGUGUUUGGAGGAGGAGUUGGAAGAAACACGGGAGCUGGAGGAGUCUGA